AUGCGCGCGCGCUGCACGCGCCGCUCCCUGCCCGCUCGGUCAGCGGGGGGCGCCGUGCCGCUGGCGGUUGCCUGCGGGCGUCGGGCUACUGAGGUGGAGGGUAGAACCGAGAACCGAGCAUGCGCGCGCGCUGCACGCGCCGCUCCCUGCCCGCUCGGUCAGCGGGGGGCGCCGUGCCGCUGGCGGUUGCCUGCGGGCGUCGGGCUACUGAGGUGGAGGGUAGAACCGAGAACGCGCGCGCGCUGCACGCGCCGCUCCCUGCCCGCUCGGUCAGCGGGGGGCGCCGUGCCGCUGGCGGUUGCCUGCGGGCGUCAGGCUACUGAGGUGGAGGGUAGAACCGAGAACCGAGCAUGCUCGCGCGCUGCACGCGCCGCUCCCUGUCCGCUCGGUCAACGGGAGGCGCCGUGCCGCUGGCGGUUGCCUGCGAGCGGCGGGCUGCUAUGGAGGGUAGAACCGAGCCUGCACGCGGGCUGCACGCACCGCUCUCUUCAUACCUGUGACCAUGGGUUUCUAGGAGCAGACAAUUGUGAUUUUUUGAUCUGCAGGCUAGAUUUUUCUAUUGACUUGGUUAGUUUGGAUACGUUCGCUUAA